GAUGUGAGCGUGAGGAACAAGACUGAUGGCUCCGCCCACUCCAGCCUCCUCAUCCCAGCUCCCGCAGUGUGUGCGCGUGUGUGUGGGUAUGUGUGGUGGGGGUCGCUGCUGAGAGCUUUGUCUGGCAACGAGAGAGGGUACGGAUGGGAGAAGGAUUAGGUGGCGUGCGUGUCGUCAGCCGCGGGAGGAGCGAGCGCUCGCCGUAGCAGCCUUCGCCGUCGUCGCCUCAUCCGUAUUCCUCCGCAUCCUGGUCGCGUCCGAAAGCCACCCGGCGGCACCGCGACAGACCGGCUACGCUCUGGCAUGCGGUAGCGCGGCAUCUCUCCUUGGUGCUUUUUUUAAAAGCCCCGGCCUCCCCCCCCCCUUGGGGAUUUGUUUGCGCGGGACGGCAGGCGAGCGCCUCCACCUCCGACGGCGCUCCGAGAUGCUGUGGUCGCCCAAGCGCUCGCUCUCCGACAUCCACGUGAAGCUGACGGCGAAGGGUUUGCUCCGGAGCCUGCAGCUGCUGUCGGGAUGCAAGAAGAGCACGGUGGUGUUCCACGCAGUGGACAAGACGAGGCCACGACCCAUGACCCGCAGCCAGCAGGCUCAGGGCCCGCCGGACCUUCUGCUCCCGGAUCCCAAGGCGUCCAGGUCGGGUCGCUCCCAGGCGCAGUGCGACAGGCAGAACCUGCAGCUCCAGCAGCUGCACCAAAUCGUGGCCUCAAGGACCCAGGGACUGGAAGCCCUGGCUGUGGUGGUGCAGCACAUUUCCACUCAGCGCGAGGAAGCCUUGAAGCGUAAGAAGGAGCUCAUGUUGGAGCUGGUGAACCUGCAGGAGGAACUCGUAAACUCGACCUCCUCUUGCGAGCUGCUGCAGCAGGAGAAGGAGGAGCUCCGUGUGACGCUGGAGGGCGUCCUGCAGAAGGUUCAGGAGCAGCACCAGCAGGAUCUGGCUGACCUGGAGGACCGGCUCAAGGCUUUCUACUCCGACCAGUGGGAGGAGCUACACCAGGCCUACCAGAAGGAGGCAGACCGCUGCCGCAACCUCAUGCAACAGCAGGUCGAUGAGCUGAGGUCCAGGCAUGAGGCUCAGAGGAGCACCGUGGAAGCCAGCCACGCUGAGGCGAUAGAAAAGCUGAAGGAGCAGUACGAGGCUUCCUUCGAAGAACUCAGGAAGGCACAUGAGCAAGAAGUGCAGGCUCUGAACCAAACGAUGAAGCAAGCCGAGAUCACGUUGACCGGGCAGGUUGAGGAGCUCAUGGCGGAAAACAACACUCUGUAUGAGAAGCUGAAGGCCGAAGAGGAGCGAAGGAGGGUGUUGGCUGAGAAGAAUCAGAAGGACUCCCACACCUUGUACCUGGAGCAGGAACUGGAGAGCCUCAAGGUGGUACUGGACAUCAAGAACAAGCAGCUGCACCAGCAGGACCAGAAGCUGAUGCAGAUGGACAAAUUGGUGGAGACCAACGUGAAGCUGGAGGAGAGUCUGAAGAAGGUCCAGCAGGAAAACGAGGACUACCGUGUCAGGAUGGACAAACACGCGGCUCUGUCGAGGCAGCUGUCCUCGGAGCAGGCCGUGUUGCAGCAGUGCCUCCAGAAGGAGACCAAGGUGAACAAGCGCCUCUCCAUGGAGAACGAAGAGCUGCUGUGGAAGCUCCACAACGGGGACCUGAGCAGCCCACGCAAACUCUCUCCUACAUCGCCCUUCCAGUCACCCCGCAACUCCGCUGCCUUCUCCAGCCACCCGCUGCCGCCCAGAUAACACCCCAAGGGGCUUCUGGGAAGGCUCCGGAGGCCUGCAGACCGAAUGGGGCGAGGCGGCAGAGGAAGAGCUCUCGCUGGGGCUCCGUGCCGGUGCGUAGCUCUCCUACGUGGAGCGGCUUUCCCAAACAGAGGUCCCCUUGAAGAAACUCCUGUACAGCUGGAUGUUUCCAGAAGGACUUGUCACUCGAGACACUGUUGCACAGAAGCACUUCCAGAGCAAGGCCUGCCUUGUCCUUUUGCCUUUUUUCACCUUUCUUGUGGAAAACGAACCUUUCUCGAUUCUCAGGGCCUUUCGGUAGUGUUGCACUGUUUGACUCUCAUCCAGCCCAACUCCUCAGUUUCCCCUCAUCUUCGUGUGUAGAAGGAUGGUGUCAACGCUUUGGGUCUCUUUUUGCAGAAUCCCCACUCCCCCCCCUUAAUUUGAAACGGGAGCUUUGAGGCCUCGUUGGAAGGACGUGGCUCUGAGGACUGAGGCCCCCUCCUGUGGCUGAACCGCGUGUGCUGCGGCAGAGGGCUACCGCGGCCUCUCGGUACCGGUGCCGAAGAUAUGGACCGCAGGCAAGCUUUUUGCGGACACCCUUCAGAAAUCCCUUGGGCUUAAUGACACGCAGAACUUUUUGUUUAAUUUCUGAGAAUUUCAGCCGUGCUUCCGAGUCUGAUUUGAUACAAAUUGACGCUCUUUUUUGCCACAUCCUGCUUUUCUGGUACAGCAUUUUAUGUUUUCCGAGAAGUAAUUAAAUAAAACCAUAGGUGCUUGA